AUUGUUGUCAGGAGAGAAAGAAAACCAUGGCGGAUGGUCUCCAAAAACGUUUGCAAUCUGAGGUUGAAAAAUACCAAAAUAGCCAAAAAGAUUUGCAGAAAUAUGUGACCACAAGGCAACGACUUGAUGCCCAGCUGAGCGAGAACAUGUUGGUGAAGGAUGAGUUGGAUAGUUUAGAAGCCAGUGCUAAUGUCUACAAGCUGAUUGGCCCAAUACUGGUGAAACAAGACUUGGAGGAAGGAAAACAGACAGUACAGAAAAGAAUAGAUUAUAUUAAUGGAGAAAUUAAGCGACAUGAUGGUAUAAUAAAGGAAAUGGAGAAGAAACAGGACUCUCAGCGUGAGACGCUAGCUAAACUUCAACAUCAGUUCCAACAAGCACAAGUGAAGGCUGCGGCCAGAGCGUAGAGACAUCUGACUUUAUAAACUAUUAAUUUGUGCUGCCUAAUUACAUUAAUAAAUUUUGUACUUAAAAAAAAUAUAUGUUGACAGUGUUGUGUCGGAAUGUUAGUCCCAGUUUUCUGUUACUGAUAAUGGACAACAAGAGCCUGAUUACUGAUAAUGGACAACAAGAGCCUGAUUACUCAGAAUUGCAACUAGUUCACAGUCUGUAAGGACUUUUUUUCUAAGAACUUUUUUGCUACUGACAUGAUACAUUGUGAGCUGUAAAUAUAUACUGAAGUCCUUUGAAAAUGCACCACCCAAUAUUCAGUUAUAUUUAUCACACGUGCAGGUUUGCUGUAACCCUAACCUCUGUAUCUUAUUUUGGGGAUAUUUAUUGCUCAUACAAAAAUCAGUUGAAUGUAUUAUAUUUUCUUCUCGUAUCCUUGUUAUAACUAGAGAUUUGACUGAUGUAUUUUCAAUGGAGUUUAGUAUAUAAUCACAUGAAAGUGAAUAUUUUAUCCAUGUCGGGCAUUUGUUUUUACUUGGUGGUGGGUGUUUGUGAGAUCAAGUUUAACUUUCAUGGAGAUUUCUAACAGAGUUAUACAUGUAGCCAGAUUUGACUGAUGGGAAUUUAUUUAAGGGCCAAAACUGGAAUGUAUCCAUGUUUGACAGAGUUAAGGCCCUUGAAGUUAGAUUUACACAUUUAUGGAGACCAAUAGUCAACAUGUAUAAUACUACUACUAUUGCUUUAGCAGUAUUCUCUGAAUGCUUGUUUCUUAAUAGCACUGUUCUGUUAAAACGGUUCAUCAUAGAUGGUUUUACCAGCAUCUUGGGACAUUUUAAAAUCAUGUCCAUUAUUUUAAAUUUGACUUGGUUGUAUGUAUAGCAUAUGGCCAGGUGUUAAAAAUUCCACCCAAAUGAAUAUGGGCCUGCACUAGGAGGGAAGAAGGUUUAGGAGACUUUUGUAUGAUUUUAAAUCCCGGGCCUGGAAUGUCCUUGGAAAAAUUACCUUUAUCUCUGUUGGUGAAAAGUGCAUUUAUUUUACUAAACCCUACCCCCACCCCAAAAAAACACCAAAACUACGACUAAUAAAAUUUAAAUGCUACAAAAGUUAUGUUUUCUACUGGAAUUAAAGUUUUAGAAAAUGUAACAUUAUGACUGGUUUUACUUAUCUAUGAAUUUAAUAAUUGUUCAGAUAUGUAUUAGAACACAAACAAGAACCUUCCAAUAUGCCUGGCCAGUGAUGGCAUCACAUUGUGUAAUAAAUCCGUUCACUACAGAUUUUGUAUUGUAGAAUUUCAUGGUCCCCUAAGUGUAAGAGCCAUGUCCUAUAAAUUGCAGUGUUCAUUAGUAGACCACAGAGGAAUUUUUGGAAGCUACUUCAGACUUCAUCAUUAACGCCUAAUUUUCAUGCAUACAACUGUACUCACACAGCAGUCUGUAGUUAAUGUGUAACUGCCUACUAUACACUGCCUACUUUCCUCCAACAGCCUCCUAUUAUCGAAAAUAAUGAACACCUGCACAUUGAUAUAUUAUGUGUGGGUGGAGGGGAUUUUGUGAAAAUGUGUCCACUUAUCCAAGUCCAAGCCUGCACAGAAAGCGAAGGAAAUACAGUAAAUCCCUCUAAAUCCCUCUAAAUCAGACGCCUACACAAACCAAGUAAGAAGUUCAGUUUUAAGCAUCUAGUAUAAACAAUAUAUAUAUAUACUGAACAAAAUGGAAAACUUUACAGUUUGAAAAUACAUUUAUAAAAAGGAACUUGGCCAUUCAUCAAAUUUUAGUGAGCGAAUCGUUACUACCUUGACACUAGCUUGCCAACAAGCUGAUCAGAUUGCUUGCGAAACACGUGAGCGAAGCCGGGUCAAAUUGAUGGAAAUCAUGUUUUGCACAUGCAGAAUUGGCACGAAUUACAUUUCGCGUCCCAAAUCGAUUGAAACGUGUAGCCUGUCGUCACAUCACUUGGAAAAACACACUUUUGCUACUGAAUUUGUUGCUAUUGGAAAUGCCGAGACUGAAAUGAAUAAGGAAAUCGUGCCAUAGGGCGUCUAGACAGAGGGCAGUCCGAGAUGGUCGUUGCACUUCUGUGGACAAGACGCCAUGUCCGAUUCACUCGGAGACAAUGGAACACAGUGGUCUUUAGCGACGAAUCCCGAUUCACAAUGAGUUUCGCUGAUAGCAGAAUAAGGGCGUGGCGAAGAGUGGUGAAUGUCAUGCUCAGUGCUGUGUCGGAGGUGUCAUGAUAACGCAACCCCCCACACAGCGGCAUUAACACGGAACUUUCUUCAAAAUGCCGAUAUCCCAAUCAUGGCUCGGCCAGUCCGAUCACCUGACAUGAAUCCCAAUUGAACAUGUCUGGAAUGAGCUCGGAAGACGUGUCAGAAACCGUGUUAACGCGCCUCAGACACUGCAGGCAUUGGGACAGGAGCUGGUGGCUGAAUGGAGGCGACUUCCGGUUCAGUGUUUCACACGAUUGCUGAGAUCCAUGAGAAGACGGUGUCGGGUAGUUAUCCUAGCCCAGCGAGGUCACACGCGAUACUGACACUGCAUAAUUAGUUCAUUUGAAAUCAUGUGAACGUUGAUUUGGACCCCCCUGCAACAUUCCAAGCCUCCCAUCGACAAAUGUCUGCAUUAAUGAACAUGCAUAUCGUUGUGAGGUUAUCAGAGGACAAAUAAUAUGUGUCAAGUUUUCCAUUUUGUUUAGUAUAUAUAAAAGGACUGAAAAUUGUCUGGUUCUGAGAGAAUUCCCAUUUACUCUCGAGUUUUGAGGGGUGUUACUGUACAUGUGGGCAGCUAGAAGCCAUGCUGAAACAAACUGCCAUUUGUUUAUUGUAUCCAUUAUCUCAUACUAUUGUUCUUUUCUCAUAGCAGAUCAUUUGAAAACUGUUUUCAUGUACUGGUACUGCAGUUUUACAAGAAAAACAACUAGAUAUACUGUUCACUGAAAGAAUUAAAGCAACACACGUGUGAAAAUAGUAUCCUGUUUACUUCAGAAGACUUAGUUUAAAUACAAAUGUAUAUAAAUAACUGACACUUCAAUAAAUAAUGCAUGAAUAUCACAGACAGUGCAAACUUAAUUAUAAAUAAUGAUUUAGUGCAAACUUAUCUAUAAAUAAUGAUUUAUGAAAAAAAGUGUAUGAUAACUGGCAAAGCAAAAAUACACCACAGAAUACUUUAUUUCAUUCAACUGACAUGGUGAUUCCACAAUGAUCAAAUGGAUGAGGGGAUGCGAGAGAGAAAACAAAUGUAUCAGUAUUUGAAUUGUGUUGACUGAGCAAUCAUGACAGUCUAAUACAGGUUUGAUUUCACCUAGCAAGAACAGAAAAAACAUUUAUUGUCCUUCCAACAGGGAAUGCUUCUUUUUUUUUUCAUGCAAAGGAAUUUACUACAAAUUAUUUAUUUCUGAGUCGAUUGUUUUCUAACUUUUUUUGUUAUUUCCAAACCACUUUUACUUGUCUUUUUAUGUUAAACCAAACUGAAAUUAUUUAUAAAGAAAACCAAAAUUUUUUGUAGAAGGAUGGGAGAGAUUGUGCUUCAUGUAAAACUAUAUGACUAUUCCGGGAACUUGGGGCACAAUAUUUUACAUGAACCGUUCCAUUCGCAUAUCAGCUAUGUAACGUCAAAAUAAGAUGAACCACCAAAAGGUUAUAUGAUGAAUGUUUUGAGAGAUUGCAAACAGUUCUAAACAUGAUUUUAGACACUUGAUGCAUAACAAAUUAGUAGUUCAAUAGAAAAAUAAUAUCUCAUUUUAAAAUAAGUUAUUUUAAAUUUUAAUGCAUUUGAAAUUUCAAUGUAGUUGUACAUGUGUUAGGAUUACGAGUUAUGCAAAAUAUAAUUCACAGCAUGCAAAUCCAGUUUCAACUGAUGUUAUAAUAAAAUCUUUUGUUUU